AGGAGGACUGCAAGAAAUACCUGCAGAGGAAGCGGGAGCAGGCUGAGCAGCCACUUCAAGUGCCAGCAGUGGACAGCAGCGUGCCGAAGACGCUGGAAAUGAUGGGCAUCACCACCAGGGAUGAUCCCUAUGGGAGCAAAACAGAGAUGUUUGAUGCCUUCAUCUGUUACUGUCAGAAAGACCUUGAGUUUGUCCAGGAGAUGAUCAGGGAGCUGGAACAAACAGAGUUCAAGCUGAAGCUCUGUGUGUUUGACCGCGACGUCUUGCCAGGAACAUGUGUGUGGUCCAUCAGCGGAGAACUGAUCGAGAGGAGGUGUCGGAGGAUGGUGGUCGUCAUUUCAGAUGAUUACCUGGAAAGCAAAGAAUGUGAUUUUCAGACCAAAUUUGCUCUUAGUCUUUCCCCAGGUGCUCGUCUCAAACGGCUGAUUCCAGUCAAGUACAAAACCAUGAAGAAUGAGUUUCCAAGUAUCCUGCGGUUCAUCACAAUCUGUGACUACACCAAUCCUUGCACCAAAAAGUGGUUCUGGAUGAGACUGGCAAAAUCCCUCAUGCUGCCGUGACGCAGUCACGAGAGCCGGGUGCUUUUUUGUCAUCUGUCCUGGCUGUGCCUUCGGAGCGUGGUCGUUCACACAGGAUCUUUUGCCACUUCAGACCCUGGAUCCUUGCAGUUGGUGCUUGGAGCCUGCGACCGGGAGCAAAGGAUUUCCUUUAGCACUUUUUAUAACUUGGAAGGGGAA